AUGGAAGGAUAUCUUUCUAGUGGCCCUCAAAAAGCCGAUAAAGAUGCAGAAAAUCAAAAAAAUAAACAAGAACAUCCACGAACACGUAUUGAAACUGAUGCUAUUCAUGUUGGACAAGAACCUGAACGAUGGCCAGGUCAAGCUGUUGUUCCACCAAUAUCAAUGGCAACAACAUUUAAACAAUUAGAACCAGGCAAACCUGUCCUUUAUGAAUAUAGUCGAUGUGGUAAUCCAACUCGACAAUGUUUAGAAGAAUGUUUAGCAUCAGUUGAAAAAGCUAGAUAUGCAUUAACAUUUGCAUCCGGUCUUGGUGCAACAACAACAUUAAUGUUUAUGCUUAAAUCAGGUGAUCAUAUUCUAUCAAUUGAUGAUGUUUAUGGUGGUACUGGACGAUUAUUUAGACGUUGUAUGGCACAAAUGGGUGUUGAAAGUUCAUUUAUUGAUAUGUCAACAGAUGCAUCUACAGUUGUUAAACAUCUUAAACCAACAACACGUCUUGUUUGGAUUGAAACACCAACAAAUCCAUUAUUAAAAUUAGCUGAUAUCGAACAAAUAGCAACUGCUGUUCAUAAACAUGAUCCAAAAAUAAUGGUUCUUGUUGAUAAUACAUUUGCAACAGCCUAUUUUCAAAAUCCUCUUAAACUUGGUGCUGAUCUUGUUUUACAUUCACUAACUAAAUAUAUGAAUGGUCAUUCUGAUGUUGUUAUGGGUUGUUUAAUGAUGAAUAAUGAAGAAUAUUACAAACAACUAAGUUUUCUACAAUAUGCUAUUGGUGCUGUACCAUCUCCAUUCGAUUGUUAUCUUGUUAAUCGUGGUAUUAAAACAUUAGCUGUACGAAUGAAACAACAUAUGGCAAAUGGUUUACGUGUUGCUACUUAUCUUGAACAACAUAAACAUGUUGAACGUGUUAUUUAUCCACCAUUAGAAAGUCAUCCACAACAUGAUUUAUAUAAGAAACAAAUGUCUGGUUUCAGUGGAAUGAUUUCUAUUUAUCUUAAAGGUGAUGAAGUCGAAAAAAGUAAACGAUUUUUAGGACAUCUUAAAUUAUUUACAACAGCUGAAUCACUUGGUGGUUAUGAAUCUUUAAUUGAACUUCCAGCUGUUAUGACACAUGCAAGUGUGCCUGAAGAACAUCGUCGUCAACUUGGUAUUACCGAUGGUCUUAUUCGUUUAUCUGUAGGAUUAGAAGAUGUACAAGAUUUAAUUGAUGAUAUUGAAGCUGCUCUUGAUUUUGCAUUUUCAAGCACCGAUGCUAAAUGA